CUUUUUACGUAGGUGUUCAGGACGCUGCCACAUUGUGCAUGCCACAUUGCGUGUGUGUGAGGGAGUGUGUUUGAGUGUGUGUGAGAGUGUGUUUGAGUGUUCAGCAGUUAUCGAACAACAAUCCUUUCCUGACGCUGGCUACUGCGCGAGACUGACAGCUGUUGGACUCUUCUCCCAUUUUCUUGCUCCAAACUCCGAAGAAAUACAGUCGGCAAGAUGGGCAAAGGUUGCAUCACGGCCACCAAGUACUUUCUGUUUCUCUUCAACCUCCUGUUUUUCAUCUUCGGAGCCCUAAUUAUGGGUUUUGGACUCUGGAUCCUUCUGGACAGUCAGAGCUUUAUUGCAGUCUUGCAGGAUUCCUCUAUGGAACUGAAGGUGGGAACCUACAUUAUGAUUGGAGUCGGUGCUUUCACCAUGCUGAUGGGAUUCCUGGGAUGUCUGGGAGCCAUCUAUGAGAUCCGCUGUCUGCUUGGACUGUACUUCACUCUCCUGCUCCUCAUCCUCAUCGCUCAGGUGGUUGCUGCCGUCCUCAUCUUUUUCCAGCGUGAUGAGCUGAGGAAAAAGACGUCGGACAUCGUGACCAAAAUCGUGGAGAAAUACCAGGGACAGAACAAGACCGCAGAGCACACCUGGGACUACAUUCAGAGGACCAUGCACUGCUGUGGCUGGACAGACUCCUCAGACUGGAAGAGAAACCCCGUGAUCAUGAACAGCUCUCAGCCUUUGUACCCCUGCUCCUGUCGUAACACCUCCAUCGCAGGAGAGAGCACCCCAGAUGGAGGCUUCUGCGAGGCUCAGACUCCUGAUUGGCCGACUUACGAUAUGGGCUGCAUGUACAAUGUGGAGAGCUGGCUCUUCACCAACUACGGAGUCAUUCUAGGAAUCUGCCUCGGAGUAGCUGUUAUCGAGCUGCUCGCCAUGAUCCUGUCCAUGGGCCUGUGUAAGAGCAUACACCAAGAAGAGUACACCAAAGUGCCGAAGUAUUAAAGACGACGCACACACACACACACACACACACACACACACACACACACACACACAGUCUUUACAUUUAAAAUAUAUUGACCUUCUCCACAUAGUUUACAUGUUUUUUUUUCUUUUUAAAAAAAAUCUUACCCAAAAAAAAAACAAAGAAAUCUUUAGAUGUAUAAACCUGUGGAGAUCUGACCCGUCUCUGACCCGUCUCUGACCUGUCUGUCCGAGUGUGUGUCUGACCUUCUGCUUUCUUUAUUAUGCCACAUUAUUCUCACGUACGAUUACACGUGCACCUUUCAGUUGGGAGCUUGCGUCAGAAACUAAAAAACUUCCCAGGUGAAGAAACGUGAGCUUCUCUCUCUCUCUCUCUCUCUCUCUCUCUCUCUCUCUGUGUCUCUCUCUGUGUGUCUCUCUCUCUCUUUACGUUUAUUGCAUGAUACUUCUUUUUUUUUCUUCUUUCUUUUGUACAUCAGUGUUGUGGUUUUUUUCACUUGUAUAUAAUUUAGUGAUGCUUUAAUUAGCAGGUUUUCUGGUUAGGAUGGGCUUCAUCUUUUUUUAAAAAAGCUUCUUUUGUUAUUUUUUAUUUUAUUUUUUUUGUACAGAUUACAGGUUUUUGCCUAUUUUACAGGUUUUUGCCUGUUUUUGCCUAUUUUAUUUUUUAUUUAAUUUUUUCAUUUUAUUUUUAUUGUAUUUUGUUUUAUUUUAAUUUUAUUUUAUUUUAUUGUAUUUUUUUAUUUUUUAUUUUUUAUUAUUAUUUCUUUCUAAUCCUUUGUUUAAUCGUUUGUUUUGUCUAAUCUGGUUCCUUUAUUUCUGACUUUUUUUUUUUGGUGUUUUAUGAAAGAAAAAACGUUUUGAAGAUUAAUCUCUUUAAUUUUAACCCCUACACUAGGACACCUGUAUAGCAUAUGCACUCUGUUUUUAGGGAAAAUAAUAAUAAAAAAAAAUAUAUAUAUAUAUAUAAGCGUAAUUUAAAAAAUAAUAAAAAAAAUCGUAUGAACUUUCUCAUGAAGUCUUAUUAUAUCCUUUUAAAUUUUCCAAUUUUUCUAGAUUUCUUUUUUUUUGUAUAUUUGAAGAAAGUUAAUAAAGAAAGAAAGAAAGAAAGAAAGAAAGAAAGAAAGAAA